ACAAAGCGAUAAUUAAUUAAAUUAAAAAAAUGUCCGAUUCUCUGGAUCCAGAUUUGUUGAGGAAGCUAGAACAAAUUAAAGAAAUCAAGAACAAAAUGGUGCAGAUUGAGAGGUUACGACUGAAAGUGAAGUCAGAAUGUGACAUGAUGGACAGUGAGGACAGCUGCCUAAAAGAGUACAAACACGAGAUGGAACUUUUACUGCAGGAGAAGAUGGCACACGUCGAAGAACUUCGUCUCAUACAUGCCGAUAUCAACUUGAUGGAGACAACAAUCAAGCAAGCAGAGGAAGAAAGGAUGAAAGCACUGGAGAAUGCCAGGAUGUUGUAUGAGGAACAACGACUGCUGAAAAACCAACUGGAGAUCCUUAAAAAUGGUGUUGGGAUUGAAAAUGCGGGUGUCGACGAUGAGGACCCUUCCGAGGCAGCUGAUGAAAAUAUCAUUGCCAAGUUAUACGAGAAGAACAAGCUGGAAUUCCACCAUCAUCACCACCAUCAUUACCAUAGUGUCAGCCAACAACAGCAGCUGCAGCAACAACAACAAAACUACCACCACCAACAACAUCAACACAGCCUCCUCUCCACGUCAUCCACCUCUUCAUCAUCGACUGCUAACAACAACGACCAGGGUAGUUUUCUAAUGGGUACUAUCCCCCUCCUGUCAUUGGCCCCACCUCAAUCUCAGCAGACCGCAAAGUCAGAUCUUCUGCGAGCUCCACAGGACUCCAUGUCUUCUAGUAGUAUUUCGGCUUUCAGACAGCAGCCACCUCCCAUGAAGGCCUGCUUGUCCUGUCACCAACAAAUCCAUCGCAACGCACCGAUCUGUCCAUUGUGCAAGGCAAAGAGCAGAUCUAGGAAUCCAAAGAAACCAAAAAGAAAGAUGGAUGAAUGAAUGAAUGAAUGGGUGUGUUGAUGGAUAGGUGAUUGAUUGAAUUAAUAGAGUAAAGAUAAGAGAAAAUUAAUUGAAGUUAAUUAAUUGAUAAAGUAUAGAUGGAAUUAAUUAAAUCCAUCAACAAUAUCAUGUAUUGUGAUUAAAUAUAAUCUCAUCUAGUAUCACUUCAUAUGUAUAUGUACAUUUUUACAUUAGAGUUGCUUGUGGACUCAUAGCAUUCCAACUGUUGACUGAAAGAGUGAAUGUAUAAACGAUUACAUGAAUUAAUGAAUGAAUUGAUGAAUGAAUUGACGAAUGAAUAAAUUGAACUAGAAAUAGUUUCUAAAUGAUUGACGGAUGAAUGACGGAUGAAUGAUUAAAUUAAAUAUUUAUUAUUUUAAAUGACAUGCAAAUAAUUGUUUCUACCAUUUCCUGACUUUCUACAUAGUAUUAUGUCAGUAUUAUAUUAUUAUCGCCAGUAUUAUAAUGUCAAUCUUGUAUUUUACGUAUUUGUUCUUCGUCUCAUCAAUUUUUCAUAUAGAUGAUAUUUGUUUUUGUAUAUACGUUUUUUAUGGUUAUUUUUCAUUAUAAAUGUUAUAUUAUUUGUUGUAGCAUUUAAUAAAAUUACUUCAAUUUAUUCCA